AUGGAGAUGGAUGAAAGAUUUUCACACAUUGCAAAAGACCCGCGUUUUAAGGUAAUGCUUUAGUAGUAGCGAUCAGAAAAAUAUGUAGCACAUGAGUGGAAAUUUUUAACUCAACGUUAAUUCAGCUUAAAACUAAAUUAAUAGCACGUGUGGGCAAGGAAUUCAGUCCAAAAUGUGAUUUGUUAACUAUCUCUGUUCUGGACUAGAUUCCUCUCACUAGCUGCUAGUAUAAAUAGGAAAUUUAUGUAUAUCCAAUGCUUUGCUUUAUAAUACUGUGUUGUCUUCAUGGCUUGCAAACAAUUGAAACAAAUUUUGAUUAUGCAAAUAUUAGAAUUCUCUGUUCUGAUUUACAGUCGAUUUCACGAAACUUUGAACACAAUUGUUUCGAACUUCAAUGCGGAGUUUGUUGCGAAGUUCAAAAGUUCAUCAUGAGAUUCACAAACCAGUUUGUAAACUAUGCAUUUGAUUGGCUUCUUUUACUUCAGGGACUUUGUUUACAAAUUGGCUUGUGAAUUCCAAUAUGAACUUCUGAACUUCGCAACAAACUUGCGAACUUCGCAAUGAAGUUUGGAACAUUUGUGGUCAAAAUUUCAUGAAAUCUGUAACAAUAUCCUUAAAUAUACGAUUGUCGCUUUGCAGGUCGGCAAUUAGGUUGGCAUUGCCGUAUGCCCACCUGAGUUUUCCGAGGGCUGGACCUGCUGGUUACAUAUGUAAAUCUCUUAAUUUCAGUAUUAUAAUACUGUAGAAAAUUUGGUGUUUUGUAGAAAAUACCAAACAAGAAGAAAAAAGUCAAAAUAGACUCAAGAUUCCAGCAGAUGUUUAAUGAUGAGAAUUUUAACACAAAAUGUGAGUCUGUGUUAAAAUUUAUACUGUAAUCCUCUUUUCAUGCUGUAAUGGAUAUUGUAUGUUGAGAUCGCCAAUAAAUCAACUUGUGCACCCAAUUUAGGUUUCAUCACAUGAUGCAGAUGUAGUCUAUUGUAACUUUAAGAGUUUUUUAACUCAUUGAGUGGCAGCACUCUCCACUUGACGAGCAAAAUCAUCUGGCGUUAGACAGAGUAAAAUACUAAAGUAGGGUGCAUCAGGAUGCAUUGUCACUUAAAGGGUUAAGAGGAUUCAUGGGCAAGGGCAUAGGAACCAGGGGGCACAGGGGGCACGUGCCCCCCAAAUGUUUUCAAAGGACUAAAAGUGCCCUUUUUUGUGAUGAAAAGUGCCCUUUUUUGUGAUGAAAAGUGCCUUUUUGUACAAGCUACUGUCGCUGUAAAUACAUCAAAGGUGCCUUUUUUGUUUGGAAAUUUCCAAGUUUUUAAAAAAAUUUGGUCAAAAACGUGCAAUCUCGGUAUGGUACAACUGGGAAAAAAAUUUUAGGUGCCCUUUUCAAUACCAUAAAGUGCCCCUAGAAGCCAGUGCCCCCCAAUCUUUUGAUGCUUCCUACGCCCCUGUUCAUGGACAGUUUGUUUGGUUAACCCAUUGAGUGGCAGCACUCUCCACUUGAUGAGUAAGAUUGUCUGGCAUUAGACUGACUAAAAUACUAAAGUAGGGCGCAUCAGGGUGCAUGCAUUGCCACUUAAAGGGUUAAAUUAAAGUCACACAUCAGAAUGGUAGGAACCACAUCUUUGAAUGCAGGAAAUGCCACUUACGACAUACUGACUAAUCGUUUGUGAUUAUUAUAUAUUAUGAUUGUGAUUGACUGGAUGUUUCUUAUAAAAAAAAUGGUUGAAAUAUAAGAGAGUGAGUUAUAUAACUUAUAAGAGAGUGAGUUAUAAAUGUUGAAAUGUAAUAAAACAUCAUAUUUCAAUAAUAGAUUUUGUUGACAAACGAGGUCGUAAAGUGAAGGAAAGUGCAAACGAAGACCUUUCAAAUUUUUAUGAAUUAUCUGAUGAAGUUGGUAGGUGUACUACACUGAAUAAUUACUGUACUUUGUGGAUCAUAAGUGUGAAUGCACGCAAAAAUUAAAAUCACUUACAGAUAUUGUUCCUGCGAGGAUUUGAAGACCUAGUGCACACAAUGGAAAAACCUUAAUUAUAAUGUGGUUAAUUAAGCAGCAACUAGAGUUUGUUUAGUUUGAUUUAAUUUUGUUAAAUGAAUAGUUCAGUUUACAGAAAAUUUGUUUAUUUCACUUUACUAGUUUAUAUGUAGUAUUGUUAUAUUUUAGUUUAGUUUCAGGCACAAAAUAGUACCUUAUUCUGCAGUUUCAGGUGUAGCAAGAUUGUGUGUUUAUUUUGUUUUAAAUUUAGAUAAAAUAACAGAAGUAAAUAAAGACAAGAUUGUAAAUAGGUAGGUUAAAACCUUAAAAAAUAAGGAACUCACUGUUUGAAAUAGGUAGGAAAUCAUUGAUUAUAAAACAAUUAUUUCAGAUUCCACCAAAAAAUAACCCUCAUCCAUAGGUUGCUAUUAAUAUAGUUGCUUCAAUGUACAAAAUCGAGUAUCUCUAGAAGAAAUAUGCGCGCAAAUUUAUGAUCAAUUUAGUAAUAAUGCAGGUGUUACAAGGUUGUAGGUUUUUCAAAAGAAGUAAAUCAAGAAGCUAAAACAUUUAUCAGUUUAAGCAAAAGCAGAUCAAAACAGAAACUUACUUCGUGCAGGUUUUGUGUGUACAUAGUUUAUGAAAAGUUGAUUCAUCUAGGGAAGAGAGUUCAGAUUCUGAUGAUGAUGGUAAGGUAGUAAGUAAAAAACGAAAGAAAAGGAAGACUAAAAAGGAAAAAUCAACGUCAGAUGAUAAGCGAAAAAGAAGAAGGGAAAUGGAAGAAAAUGAAAUGGAAGAUGAACUACCAGAUGAUUUGGAAGUUUUAUCGGAAGAGAAUGAUGUAAUUAGUGUGAGUGCUGGCUUUCCUAUUUCUUGUUGUAAAAUCAUAGGUAGAAUAGACUUGCUUUGUUGGAACAACCACGUUAGACGUCUGCUGCAGGAAUGUACCAUCUUGUGCAGCUUUACGUAUGUACAUUUAGAAUAUUGAAUCUGAGGCAGACAACUGGCAAGACUUUGAUGCUGAUGCGCCAACAACCGAAAACUCGACCAGGAGACUGGCCAUUUGUAAUAUGGACUGGGAUAAGAUUACUGCGAAUGAUCUUUUUGGUAGGUGUAGACCUUUAGCAUAGAAAAGAGGUUUAAUCUACAUGUAUGGUAGACUAACUUUUUUUAUAUAAACUCAGUCAUUUCUAAGCUGUUGGUGAUCUAACAAAAGAAACACAAAUUAACUUUCUUUUGCUGCAAAAUUCAUUUUUGGCAGAGCAUUUGGGAUCUUUUCAAAUUGAAUAAAAUUUAGAAAGACCUUCAUUAUUUUCUUUGACAGUUCUUUUGCAAUCCUUUGUUCCAUCUGGUGGAAGUAUUAACUCAGUCAAAGUAAGUUAAGCAAUAGUCUUGCAGACUCAACAAUCACACUUUAAGUAACAAUAGAUGAUGUUAACGAUCUCGGAGGUGAAAGGCCCGGUCGCUCUGACAACCGCAACUACAAUCGUACAACAGAAAUGUAAUUAUUCCUAGAUCUAUCCAUCAGAUUUUGGAUUGGAACGAAUGGAACGCGAAGAUGAGAUUGGACCGACAGAACUUGUUUCUGUUGAAGAAGAUAAUGGUAGCAAAGACCAGGUACAGAACAUGUAAUAAUCAAACCCUCUCUUCUUCAAAAUGUUUCGCUGAGUAAUCUUUGUUUCUUCUCACGUGCAGGAGGAAGAGUAUAAUAAAGAGAAGUUACGUCAAUAUCAGUUGAAUCGAUUGAAAUAUUACUACGCCGUUGUCGAGUGUGAUUCUCCAGGUAGCCGAAAAUUACCUGCAUAGCUCUAUCACUUCUAAACAGUUCUCCCUAGAGGUCCAGUAAGGGCCACUCCUUAAUGACCUGUGUUACUACAGGAAAAAAUCAGAGUACCGGUAUUUGUAGAUUUGAAUUGGAAACACUCUUUCCACUCAAGAAAAAUUUCCAAGGACAGAGAAUUUCCGAAAAUAUCAUUGUUAAAAGUUGAAAAUUUUAAAAGUUGAAAACUUUCAACUUCAAAAUUUUUUCCGACGUAAAAUUUGUGUUGGCCAAUCACAUUUUACAAAAUUUUCUUUCUGCGGAAAUGGGCCUCAAUAAGCCACGAAAGCGAAACUAUAACGUCUCUAAUUGAUGUCAGUAUGUUGUAAAAGGGUUAAUAUUUUUAAUAUUGGCCAUCUCACACUCCUUAUUAGAAACUGGAGAGAAAAUUUACGAAGAAUGUGAUGGUAUGGAAUACGAAGCAAGCUCGUCUCACUUGGAUCUCAGAUUUAUUCCUGAAGAUAUGACAUUUGAUCGUGAACCCACUUCACAAGCGACUGAAAUGCCCUCUGCUGAGAGCUAUGAACCAUCUGAGUAAGUUGUUUCAUGGUUGACAAGAACACUGCUCGAACCGCUCCAGAACAGAAAACGGGACAACCGGCAAUAAUGUAGCCUGAGGCCUUUUCCGCAUCUCGCCUCCCUAAUUUUCGCUGCCCGCGGAAUCCGCCAGCUAGUCAGAAUGUAUAUUAGAUUUCUUUGUGGAAACACCACGUAAAUUUAUUACUGCAAAGCUUUCGAUCCGUAAAUACGUGGUGUUUCCACAAACAAAACUAUUAUAUAUUUCAUCGCCAUGCAAACUUACAAAGAACUUGCUUGUGUGGUGUUACUCUGAGUGUAUAUCCACACCGGGCAGGCCCAAAACAUAUGCCUGGCCACGGUGGGAUUCGAACCUACGACCUUUGGAAUACUUAAGCCCAAAGAACUUAGUCAGAAUGUAGUUCUCGUAAUUCUCAUUUUUUUUUUCAGGUUCAUCACGACAGCUUUACAACAGUCCACAGUUCAACUGACAUGGGAUGAGACGGAUCCUCGCCGUGUUCAGACUACAAUGAAAAAUUUCAGUAAAGAUGAUAUACUAGACAUGGACUUCAAGGCUUAUCUCGCCUCCUCCAGUGAUGAAGAGAGUGACGGCGAGAUUGAGGAGACUGGGAACAAGAAAGAAAACGAAGAUAGACAAAUAGCCAAAUACAAGGUAAGGAGCAUUGUGGAAGUUAUUGAAAACUAUCCAGAAAUGAUGUUUGCGAUGUUACUCUGAGUGUAUAUCCAUGCCGGGCAAGCUUGAAAAAUAUGCCUAUCCACGGUGGGAAUCGAACCUACGACCUUUGGAAUACUAGCCCAGCCUAUCCAGAAAUGUUUAUCCAGAAAUGUUAUCCGGAAAUGUUAUCCAGAAAUGUUAUCCAGAAAUGGAUAUCCAGUUGACUUGAGCCUUUCCAGGAAUGUUUCCUCGACAAGUUGACUUGAGCCUUUCCAGAAAUGUUUCCUUGACAAGUUGACUUGAGCCUAUCCAGAAAUGUUUCCUCGACAAGUUGAUUUGAAAGUUUUAUUUGGCGACAAGAACGAUGCAACGACGACGAUUUUCAUGUCAGACGUACAAAUGAACAUGCAAAUAAAAUAAGUUUUCUUUGUUCAAAAACUGACAUAACUAGUCGUCUUACAUGAAAAGACUUGCAAGAAAAAAUUGCUCGCAUGUGCCUGGGUUUAUUAUAUUCAGUUCAGUCUUGUGUAUAUACUAAAACUGUCUGUACCAGUGUAGGUAGUACCAAUGUGAAAAUGCUGUGCUGAGUGGUUAUAUUACUACCUUAAAAAAUAAGCAGAAACUCAAAGUUUCUGUGAUCACAGUAGGAAUUUUGCAUGGGUAAACUCUAAAUUUUGAAGGAUUUGUAAGAAAGGUAACUGGUCGUUUCGUCCCCUUGCCGUUUCGUCCCCGGUGGGCCGGUCGUUUCGUCCCCUUGCCGUUUCGUCCCCUUGCCGUUUCGUCCCCUUGCCGUUUCGUUCCCUUCACGUUUCGUCCCCAGACUAGAUACUGUUUUAUCUGUAUAACCUACUUCCUUAAUACAAUAUAUCUUACUUUUUGAGAUUGUAUCUCAGUGGAUUGUAUGCCUGGAUAAUACACAUUUUUGUAUUUAAAUUCCGAAACUUUGAAAUGUAACUUAAAUAUUUGGCUUUUAUUUCACAAUAUUAAUAUUGCUGUUGUCAGUGACUAUUAUAUAGUGACACUUGACUUUACUUUAUUUUAAUUGGAACUGAGUCUGAGGAAAACUAGACCAAUGACAGAAUGACUGUCAUUAGUGAGCUUAAGAUCGCAAUGUUUUUGACAACAUGGAUGUCAGUUCGUCGAGGGGGACUGAAUUAAAAACUGUGUUUUUGUCAGUUUGUGGUAAUCUUCAACAUAUAGGACAAAACCUAAAGGCCCUGUCAUACUAUUGCGUAUCGUACUAGCGUAUGCCAGCGUAUGAAAAAUAUCACUCGUACGCCGGUAUACGCUGACAUACGCUAGGGCUACGUUAGGCAUAGGUUGUAUACGUUUCAAGCACGGUCGCAUACGGUGGCAUACGCUCAUGGCAUACGGCGAGGCAGGAAAUUUUUUUUAAGCAUGUUCAGAAAUUUUGUGCGUAUUAAUAUCGGACGUAUGCUUUAUACGAUAAGCAUACUCUAGGCACACGCUGAAUACGCUAGAGGUACUCCAGAUGUACGGUACUCAUACGCUGGCAUUUCAAAGGAUUUUUGUGCUAUGAAAAUUAUUUCAUUGAUUUUCAUACGCUUCUCAUACGUUUCUCUCACACGCAAUAGUGUGACAGGGCCUUAAGAUUUUUGCUUCCCUAGACGAGCGCCAUAUGAUACAAAAUGCCGCCAAAAUUAGUCCUACCAAUUUUCGUCGAGUGGGGACGAAACGUGAAGGGGACGAAACGGGCAAGGGGACAAAACGACCAUAAAGCAUUUCGAUUGUAAGGUGAUUGCCAGUGUAAGUUUUAUGUAAAUAUCAUGGGUAAAUAUCAUGGAUUUUUGAGCAUCUAACUUGAUAGAACUAAUUAUGCCCUUUUGCCAUGUAUGCAAGUAGUAUAGGAAACCCACACGAACAGAAUCGCAUAUAUAUAUAUAUAUAUGGCAUUUGCAUAUAUCGAGAUAUUAGACGCGAGAUAAUAACAUGUGGCCAUGACUCGAUGAUCUUAAAACGUUAAGAUGACGAUCUCAGGGUCACGAAUUGAGCCGCCCUUGAGUAUGAUAUAUACCGCAUAUGCAAUAACGUUGAUUAACCAUGCAAAAAAUAUGCGUUAUAACUUAUGUAAACACGAUCAUGAUAAUUAUAUUACAUUUUGAAAUUUUUCAGUAUCAAAUCAACAAGAGCCUAUAAGCUGCAACCCUUACUGGCUUCAAAAACAUUUUCAAGCCUAUAUACGGUGUUUGCAUUCCGUUUGAAGCGCUAUGCCAGGCUUGAUCCGGACUAGUUAGGCCAUAAAUUAUAUUAACAAGAGCUUCGGAAUUAUAUAUACUAUAGAAGCUUAUUUUCAAAUCGUAAAUGACGUUAAUUGAGAGCUGAAAUUACAAACAAUAUAGCUUAAAAAUACAAAAGGUAUGACGUUGGAUCAACAUGUUGAUCACGUCUAACUGGCCUUAAAGCAUAAAGAUUAUAUAAGAAUAAUUUAUAAUUCACUGCAGACAGCCUCGUACACAAGUCAACUGACUUCUGGACCCAACGAAAUGCUUCCUAUAAGACCCGUUAUUCUUGUUGACAAAUGUGUUUCUUAGGUGCGAUUUUCUUCUUGUGAUAGAUAUGAACGAGUGGAUUCGUUAUGAAUGUCCAGAUGAGGGUACAUGCAUAUCCUCUUGCAGAACAUUCGUAACUCAUCUACUCGUUCACAUCCAUCAGAAGGAGAAAAUCCCACUAGAAAUCGCGACAAAAAUUGCAAGAGCGAAUGGGCUUCAAUGUAUAUGCAUAAAGGUAAAAUUGAAUACCGAAUGCCUUACGCGCGGGAUCAAUUUGAUGUCUAUAUAUAAACUAUAUCUGAGGUAAACGAUUUAUGGUUUGAAUUAAAUUUGGUUAUUUUUAUAGUCUGAAAAUUGGACCAGUUUAUGAAUGAAAAAUUCAACCCCAAUACAAUAGAAAUUCACUUUUGCAUAUUUUUAUUGAGAUCACUUUGCUCUCCUCAACUGAAUUUCCCUUCGCAACAGUCUGACAAGGAUUGAGUAUCGAAUAUUGUGUGAGACAUGAUAGUAGUAUGUAUAUGCUUCCAUAGGUCAGUUCGGUCCUCGGAGCAAAAAAAGCUUGCCGAGAAAAAGUCGUAUAUGAUGAUGGCGAUAACAUGCAAUUAGACGAAUGGCUUCGAUCCAAACGUCGACGAUUUUCCAUUCUUUUUCAAGCGUAGUUCAGAUACAAACCACGGCAGUUUAUGCAUCGAUCUUGUUAUGUAUAGCUACUAAAUUCAGUAUAUAAUUCAUAAUUUCCAGUCCUCUAUAGGAGCUGACCGUGUAUAGUCAUUUAUCAGAGCUGCCGUUUCAAAGGUCGCGGGUUCGAAACCCACCCACAGCAGACAAAAUGUACUGCUUGCGUGGUUUGAACACAUUUCGUCUUAUCAUAUAUUAUACCGACUGAACAAUAUCACAGCAUAUAACUAUAUAUAUAUAUUUAUUUAUAUAACUAUAUAUAUAUACACUAACUUUAUGUAUUUUCCACGCACCAGCUUUUCAGUCAUAACUAUACUGUAUAUCAGACAUUUAACAUUGCUUUUAAAUAACCGCGCUUACCUUUGUCCUUGUGGCUCGUGGCAACGCAUCUUUGGAUGGCCCCGUGGCUAACAUCUUGAAAAUACUUCUCAUUCGGAGGGCUAAUUUUGCAACAGUUGUAUAGCGCCUUCCCAAAACUAUGCGUGUAGAAAAUCUUGGUUUCUUCUGCCCUCAAACUUUUGCCGAUUAAACGCUCGCGUGGGUUAAAGUCAUCCAUUUCAGUACAAUACAAAAUGGGCCUUGCUUCUCCUUAUCAGGCUUGAUAGCGUGCGUUUCGAAGGCUCGAACAGUCAAGGUGACACUAUAGAAAAGUAGUAAACAUUGUUAUUUAAAAGUUACCUUAUUAAAAUUAUCAGAAUAAAUAUACAGUAUUGAAAAGGAAAAUAUAUAGGAGUAUAAUUCUGAAUUUUGACAUACCUUGGGCUGUUUAGAUUCAAAGACAAAGAUGAAACUUUAGCGCCUCGCUGCUUAGAUGCAAAGACUGAUUAGUGAACAGGCAGGUUGCGUUUAUCGCCGGCGUAGUUCUAAGCGAGCCCCACUAGCCUUUUAAUAGGCUUUUUCAACGUGCUUAAUAACGAAAAUUGAAUAUUAACGCGUCAUCAAGUGCCUUAUUUUUAAUCAUGAAAUAGCAAGUGCGUAACAAAUUGGAAUCCUGUUUGAAUUAUUAGCAUCGAGUGGCCAUCGAUGCAGGGCGUUGAGCGGAAGCGCGAGGCAAAGUGGUAUAAUGCAGAGAGUAGAUAAGUCGCUGCUCGCGAACACAACGUGUCAAUGGCGGGGAAAAAAAAUACGAACUUUAUAAAAGGUUUCAGAGUAUAAGAACUGCUAGAAGCUUAUUAAAAACAUGUGAAAACCUAUUCGCAAUACUAAAUGCUGUGUUCUAAAAGGUAUCGUGAAGAUUUUUGAAACGUUUUCGUUGUUUUCUCCGGCUUUUAUCGGCAGGCAGAAGGUCGAGUGUUGAACGGUUAAGUGGAUAUCAGCACGCAUAUUUAAAAGGAUGUUAUCAAAAACAGCGCAGUCAGCCAGAUGGUUUGCUCUCAUGCGAGCGCCUUGUAAAACACGAACUCAGGAAAUCGUGAAAACGGAUUCCGGAACGCAUUCACGGAUCUUUUCCACUCAUCGCAAAAACUAACUUGCAAGCUCUCUGCGAAUGCUUUGCAUCUAAUUAAAGGCAAGGGGCAAGGGCCAAGGUAAGGGGCAAGGGCCAAGGCAAGGGCCAAGGCAAUGGGCAAGGCAAGGGCCAAGACAAGGCAAGGCAAGGUAACUAUUUAAACACGCUAACCCCUUCAAUGUAAAUUGAUUUCCAACGAAGGCGUGUAAAAUUUAAAAUUACAAAGCUAAGCCUAAGGAUAUAGAUUUAAAUUACAUAACGUAUAUUACAGAGGCGGAUCAAUUCUCAUCUGACGUGGGGUGAGGGGCGGAUCAGUGCUCCCCUGGGGUGGGGUGGGGUGAGGGGUGCAUUGGUGCGCUAUCAAAGGGGCCGACCGGACUGUUGUAUAUUUUUACUAUAUUAGAAAUAUAAGUAUAUCAGAAAUAAAAUCACAUCAGGUAGAAGCGAAUAGGCAAUUCCAGCUUUUAGUUUAUUCGUGCAGAAGUAAGGCAUCGUAUUGCUGAUUAUGCUGAAAAAAUAAAAAUGGUGGCCGUGUAAACACGGAGUGAUAGCUUAUACUCGUAAAUAUUGAAAGAUUUCGUUCUUUCGGCAGUUUUUAUUGAAAUUUUUCAGCAUAAUCAGCAAUAUUAUAUUGUGAUGAUACCUUACAUCCCAUCACCUCCUGCGCGCAUAAAUUAAAAGCUGGAAUUGCCUAUUGAAACGUGCUAAGCUCUCAGCGUUUCUAAUAGUUCAAUGGGUAAAUUCUUUCAUAACCCAUACUCUUUCUUAAAUAUUCCCUUUUAGAAGAGGAAGAUUUAGCCUCAUGUCAGAAUUUCGCACGUUGUAGUCAUGAGGUCUGACAACUGAAACACUGGACAAUAUUUCAAUAAGCACCGCAGGAAACUGUCAUGCAUUGUGACUGGAGACUCGUAGCCAGCUUGUGAGUGGACUCUUACGAUGAGUGAAAAAUAGCCUUAAGAGCGUCUAGUUUCGACAGGCAACUGACGUACAAAAUAUUUCAAAUAUAGCCAAAAUUAGAACCGUACAAAAUAUCUUAAUCGCAGCUGGAUAUUAUGUUGAAUUUUAA